UAUUUAAUCGCCCUCCCCUCUCCUUCCCUCUUGUCCGAUAUAUCGAAAAGAGAUCGCUGAGCGUUCCUCCCCCGAUUCAUGAUCGAUGAUGGCCUCGGCCGUGGUAAACAACGUUGGAGUGUCGCCGGAGGGCUUCCUCGACUUCCCGCCGGCGUCCUACUCCGCCUACGGCUGGCUCAGCCCUCGGAUCUCGCUCAGCCGCGACCGCGCUGACGGCGACCAGCCCGCCCCUGCCUCCGCCGCCGCCCUGGCGGCGCCUUCCUGUAACCCGUUGGAAGAGCUGGAGACCGCCGGCAAUGACCUGGUCGACUUCGAGUUCCGGCUGGACGAUCCCGUCGCCAUGCUCCCCGCUGACGAGCUCUUCUCUGACGGGAAGCUGGUCCCCCUGCAGCCGUCGCCGGCGGCGUCGAAGCUGCCUGAUGAGUCCUCCUCCGAGAUCCGGUCGCCCGAGCAGCUGAAGUCGCGGCGGAGGGCGGAGAACGCCGCUGGAUUGGACCCCUACGUCUUCUCUCCCAAGGCGCCACGGUGUUCCAGCCGGUGGAGGGAGCUACUCGGCCUCAAGAAGGCACAAACCCCGAAGCCCGAUUCCCGGAAGCCCGUCGUCGCCGCUUCCAAUAACCCGAACCCCAAAUCUCUGAAGCAUUUGCUCCAUCGGAACCCAAGAUCGCGGCCGGCGGACUCGUCCUUGAGCCUCCCGCUGCUCCACGACUUGGACACCGAGUCGGUGUCCAUCUCCUCCCGGCUGUCCGUUUCCUCCUCCGGUCCCGACCACGAGGACCUCCCCAGGAUCUCCCUCGACUCCGAGAAACCGGCGGCCCAGAUCCCGAUCUCGCUGAGCCGGAACCCGCCGCGGGUCCGGGUGGCCCGGGCGAGAUCCGCUGCCGCCACCGCGGCAGGCGAAUCCCACCCACCGGCGAGGAUCGGCCGGAGCACGGUCCGGCGUGCGGCAGACCCGGGGGCGCCGCCGCCUCCGCCGCGGGGGUUGUCGGUGGACAGCCCGCGGAUAAACCCGGCGGGGAAGAUCGUGUUCCAGGGCUUGGAAAGGAGCUCGAGCAGCCCAGGAAGCUUCCACGGCGGUCCGAGUGUCCGGCCCAGGGGCAUGGAGCGGUCUUACUCGGCCAUCGUCCGGGUCACCCCGGUCCUCAACGUGCCUGUCUGCUCUCUCCGCGGCUCGGCCAAGUCGGUAUCGGUUUUCGCGUUCGGCCAGCUCUUUUCGGCCCAGAAGAAGGACCGGGACGGUUCGUCGACCGGUUCGCAUUCAUCAGGCCGGAGCGGGAAUGCCGGUGGGGCUAAGAUCAAGGGCGACAAAUCUUCGAGAGAUUAGGUAAACUCAGCCUCCAAAAAUUCGGAAAAAUCGCCAAGAAAAUGACAGAAAAACGCUCUUUUCCCCCUAAAAGCUGCUUAUUUUUGUUUUUCUUUUUCUACGUUUUUUCCUCCAAAAUCUUUUGGAGUUGGGGUUUAUUUUGUUUAGAUCCGCCUGUAAAUAUCUACUGCAUUAUUCUUUUCUUUUUGGUCUAUUAGGUUUGGAUCCGGCUUUCGUUUUUUCGGUUUUAAUCUCCGCCACCGCGCAAGCUAACUUUUAGGAGGUAUCAUUCUUAUUAUUACUACAUCACUAAUGACAAUUUUAGCAGCCGCAUCAUUGUCAGAUUAAUUUUAAACGUUAGUACCAGUAGGUAACUCUAAUAUGCUUAUUACUGUUAACAUUUUA